AUGUUAGGGGAUCAAUUCCAUCAACAACCUGAUGGAACCCAAGUGCCACUUGAAAUACUACAAAGUAGUAGGUUCAACCUAUAUUUUAAGGAUUGUAUUGGGGCACUUGAUGGGACACAUGUUCGUGUCAAAGUGUCUAAUGAGGAUGCACCAAGAUAUCGGGGUAGGAAGGGUUACACAACACAAAAUGUCUUGGCAGCAUGCUCAUUUGAUUUAAAAUUCACAUACGUGUUACCAGGUUGGGAAGGAACUGCGUUAGAUUCAAGAAUAAUAAAGAGUGCUUUAACUAGAAACGAUAAUUUGAAAAUCCCACAAGGUAAAUAUUAUCUUGUUGAUGCGGGAUACAUGAAUAGAAGUCGUCUGAUUGCACUUUAUAGGGGAGUGCGUUAUCAUUUAAAAGAGUACUCUGUUCGUCCCCCUGAAAAUGCUAAAGAAUUGUUUAAUUUGCGACAUGCAUCAUUACGCACUGCUAUUGAAAGAGCAUUUGGUGUACUUAAAAAGAGAUUUCCUAUCAUAGCAAGUACUACAGAGCCUAAUUAUUGUGUUGACACUCAAAAUGAAAUCAUUUUAGCAUGUUGUAUACUUCAUAAUUAUUUAAUGGGUGUCGAUCCUGAUGAAAGUCUUAUUGCUGAAGUUAAUGAAGAGGUAUUGCAUUCUCAUCGUGAACGUGUGGCCCCUACUCCAAGAGAAGAUGAUGAGGAUGCUAGGCAAGGAGAUAUUAUUAGAGAUUCUAUAGCAUCAGCCAUGUGGCAAAACUAUGUCCAAAUGUGA